AUGAAAAGUACAGCGACACUUGGCUCUGGUGACAAGACAAUCACCGUCGGGAAAGUCGGUCAUGGCCUUAUGCUGAUGACUUCAAAUCGGAAGAUGGCAAUGUCCGACGAAGAGGCUUUCGACUCUAUCAAGGCAUCUUUGGAUUCUGUCCCGCCUGGAGCAAAGAUGGUCUUGAAUAGUGCUGAAUUUUAUGGAAUCCUUGGGCCUGGUGCAUGGACAGCAAACCUCGAGCUCAUCGCCCGAUUUUUUGAGAAAUAUCCUGAGUAUACAGAAAAGGCUUUCCUUUCAGUCAAGGGAGGUACUAAACCUGAUAGCCUCAUGCCUGAUUCUUCCCCAGAUAAUCUGAAGCGCAGCGUUGACGUCGUCCUCGAGAAGCUUCGCGGGACAAAGAGACUCGAUCUCUUUCAAUGUGCACGGGUAGACCCGAACAUUCCCGUCGAAGAAGCAACGAAGACCCUCGCUGGCUUCAUUGCGGAAGGUAAAUUUGACUACAUCGGCAUGUCGGAAUGUAGAGCCUCGACGCUCAGACGCGCGAAUGCUGUCCAUCACAUUGCUGCUGUUGAGAUUGAAGUUAGCCCUUGGUCGUAUGAUGAGAUGGUUAAGGACGUCAUUGCUACAUGCGAGGAACUAGGCUCUAUUGUCAACGCGUAUUCACCGCUUGGACGAGGUUUCCUUUCUGGCAAGUACAAGACUGUCGGAGAUUUGGAAGAACAUGAUUUUAGAAGGACCAUGGAACGUUUAGAAGAAGAAAAUUUCAAGCAUAAUCAGGCUAUCAUUGACGGUGUUCAGAACAUUGCUGCCCAGAAGGGUGUAACUCCGGCACAACUUUGCAUUGCUUGGGUGUCUGCCUUGGGACCCCACAUGGUCCCCAUUCCUGGCUCUUCUACCAAAGCGCGUACUGAAGAAAAUUGCGCAGCCGCAGACAUCGAACUAAGCGCAGCUGAAGUGGAAGCUGUCAAGAAGAUUCUGGAGGAACAUCCUGUUAAGGGAGGAAGGUAUGGUCCGGGUGGUGACAAGGCUUACAACCUCUCUUGGUACUUCUCAUCUGCAUCUGCUCGUAUUAGUCAUGUGCCCGAUCCGGUACCGACGGACCUGCACUUCGUAUCCGUAAUUAUCUUACCCUGGACGCUCACGAGAGGUACCAUGUUCGCAACCAGCGAAAUGGCGGUAAUCGUCUGGAAACCCACUCCGGUACCAGAUGAAGACUGUUUUGGGGCUAUCAAAACGUCUUUAGACUCAGUUCCACCUGGCGAAAAAAUGAUUCUGAAUAGCAGCGAGUUCUACGGUGUCAAUCCUCCCGAAGCCAAUCUUGAGCUACUCGCUCGGUUCUUUGAGAAAUAUCCGGACUAUGCAGAUAAAGCGUUUCUUUCCGUAAAGGGUGGUCUGAAACCCGAUGGGCUUGAGCCGGAUUCCUCUCCGGUGAACUUGAAACGCAGUGUUGAUUGUAUCCUUGCGAAGCUUCGUGGCACUAAAAAGCUCGAUCUCUUCGAGUGCGCUCGUGUGGAUCAGAAGUACGCUAUCGAAGAUACUGUCAGAGUCCUCUCUGGAUUUGUUGACGAGGGCAAGUUUGACUAUAUCGGACUAUCCGAGUCCAAGGCUUCGACACUCAGGCGUGCCAAUGCUAUUCACCCCAUCGCGAUUAUUGAGAUUGAAAUUAGUCACUGGACAUACGGCGAUCAGGUGAAAGAAGUUAUUGAGGUAUCCAAGGAUGUUGGUGCACUUAUUGCACAAUCACCAACGCCAUGGUUACCAUUAUUAGACCUCUCGGUCGAGGCUUCCUUACUGGAAGAAUCAAAAGUGUCCAAGACUUGGAAGAGGGAGACAUUAGGAAGCAUGUCAAUCGAAAUUCUGAAGGGGCAUAAUGUGAAACAUAACCAGGCGAUUGUCGAUAGUGUAAAAUCGCUAGCUGAGAAGAAAGGCGUUACGCCAGCUCAAUUGUGUAUUGCCUGGGUCUGUGCCUUGAGUCCGCAUGUCGUUCCUAUUCCUGGAUCUUCGAACAAGAAGAGGACGGAGGAGAACGUAGCUGCAGUAGAUAUUCCGAUAUCUGCUGAAGAUAUGCAAGAGGUUCAGAAGAUUAUAGAUGCGAAUCCGGUCAAGGGAGGAAGAGCCGGUACAGGAAAUGACGAGGACUACCAUUUAUAUUCUGAGAUAGAUGUAAUGAACCUUUCUGGUGGUAUCCAGUGCACUAAGCUGUCGAUUGAGGAGCAAAAUCACAAACUCUCGAUCAUACGGGAUGUCAAGCUGUCAGGAAGGCGUUGGAGCGACAUCCUCGUAAGAGAGGAAGGUAUGGACCAGCAAGGAGGAGGAUUAUCAUACAUCGGGACUGAACGAAAGCGUGUCGAAGAUGAUAACAAUGAAUUAUAA